UGUCUAUAAAAAGUUGUGCUUUUUAAACAAGAACAAAAGCACAUUGUUGCUGUGUUUAUUUAAGAGAUUCCCAGCCUGAUCAUGUUUGAGACCAGCCAAGAUGACCACCUGCUGUUUCCCUCAGAGGGUAGUGAUGCCUCUUUCCCAGCAGAAAGCUUGGCUAGUGGGGGUCAGUCUCUGGCUGAGGCCUUGCUUCCUUUGGUUGAGUCUCCCUCGCCUCCUCUUAACCCCUGGCUGUGCUCCACCCGCUACAAGACCGAGCUGUGCAGCCGCUAUGCUGAAAGUGGUACCUGCAAGUAUGCAGAGCGUUGCCAAUUUGCUCAUGGUCUGCAUGACCUCCAUGUGCCUUCCCGCCAUCCCAAGUACAAGACUGAGCUGUGUCGCUCCUUCCACACAGCUGGCUACUGUACGUAUGGAAGCCGCUGCCUCUUUGUGCACAGCCUGAAGGAGCAAAGGCCAGUUCGGCACAGACGUCGCAUUGUACCUUGCCGUACAUACCGUGCCUUUGGUGUUUGCCCCUUUGGCACACGCUGCCACUUCCUCCAUGUUGAGGGUGGAUCGGAGUCAGAUUGUGCUGAUGAGAAGACCUGGCAUUCCCGUUCCAGUGAAUGGAAACCCCGUGGUGCCCUCUGCCGUACUUUCAGUGCUUUUGGCUUUUGCCUGUAUGGCACCCGCUGCCGAUUCCAGCAUGGCCUUCCCAAUACAAUAAAGGGCCACAAGAUGAGCCAGGCCCUCUCUUCACUACAAGUGCCUGGUAGAGUCCUCUCUCCUGCCUCAGAUAUGCAAUCCUCUCCAUCUUCCUCUGAAUCCUCAUCACCUCAGUCCUUGCUGGCCUCAGCUGUGUUCCCUGAUGGCUCUGGUCCAGUCACACCCCUGUCUGCAGAAGUGAUGGCUAAUAAUGCUUUCACCUUCAGUAGCCAGCACCUGAAUGACCUCUUGCUGCCACUGGCCUUCAGGCUCCAGCAGAUGGAACAAGUUUCUAAUCUAAGUGCUGGCAUGCUGGACCAACCACUGCUGCCAUAA